UGAAGUGAGUGAGAUCCACAGGUGACCAAAGUGAACUCAGUGCAAGUGAAUUAUAAACGAAAGGAUUAAGGAUAUUAGUGAGGACAACAAGUGCCCAGUGACAUCAUCAGCAUCUGCUGUACAUCCGUCUAAAAAUAAAACAAAAGCUGAUACCGCCUUGCACCAGUUGGUUCUUCGAGAGGCUCGUUUGGCUGCCUGCCACUGCGAAAACAAACUUUGAUGGUGACAAGUGAGGAUUGCUAGAGGCGAAAUAUAUCGAACGAAAUGAUUUUGAGAACGCAACUUCGGCUGGGUGUGCUUCUGGUGGCGUUGCUCCUAAGUUGUACAGUUUCUGGUGAGGAUGAGGACUAUGGCGGCGAAAUGAUUGGUUCCAGCCUGGGAGGCAAUGAUGAGAUCUUCGAUCAGGCUCAGCUAGACACCGAGGUAGAAAAGGAGAUGGAACAGCAUCGGAACAGUUUGGAGGAAGAUCAAACUGAAAACUCCCAAGCAAUGGAAAUGGAAAUGAGCACCAUGAGGCCCAUGGAGGGUAGGCUGAACACCAUGGCUCCUUAUUCCGAGGAAAACACUGCCGCCGAGAUGAUGGAAGAUGCUCCAACGCAGAAAAAAGCAACAAAGGUGGACAAACCUGUUCGGGAUUACUAUUACGAAGACACGGCCGAGGAUGAGAUGGUGGCUAGCACCACAGCAAAGAUUGCCACCACCAUGAUCCCGGAAUAUGUGCGUCAGGCAAAGGCGGAAAGAUUUCCCCAGCGAGACCAGGAGCACCAUGCAUCCUCCGACUACGUCGAGGAAGAGGCAACCAAAUCGAUGGAUGAACAGCCACCCGCUAAUCAGUUUUAUCAAGUAGAACAUCAUGAUCCUAUUCCUCAGGCUCAAGUCCAACAACUGCCCAGUCAGGAUAAACCCAAUCAGUUUAAGUACUCUUCUGAGGAUGAUUACUACGAUGAGCCGUCGGAAGUGAAGUCAAAUCCCACAACAACCACCACUCAGCCACCUCUGCCAAUUCUCACGGCUCGUUUCGGUGGCUUCCCUUGGGCGACCACCCAGGCACCUAAUCCUCCUACUGCCAGUCCUACUACCUCAACGACAACCACUUCGACCACGACAACUACCACCACAUCAACAACAACAACAACAACAACGCCCAGUCCUAGAAAACAGCCAAAACACAUCCAAGUGAGCGGUGGCUCAAAGGCGGAACUACUGCCGGCCGAUCAGCUGCGUAAUUACAUCAAGGAUGUGUACAUCCGCAUGCCUCUGGCGGUCAUUGUGGAUCCCUCGUCCGCAUCUCUGGAACAGGCGAAGCGACUUUACAUCGAUGCUUUGCAGGACAAGAACAUCGAUAUCAAGAUUGUUUUGGUAACUCUGAAUGGAGCGGGUGCCCCCUCUGCCUUCAGCUUUAACAACACCCGCGAGUUCAUCGCUGGUUUAAACAGCACCAAGGAGCAUGAAGGCGGCAACUCGUUUGUGGGCGUUCUCCAUGCCGCCGAGCUGGUUCCCUACGACAGUGCCGUUUUCAUAUCGACAGCAUCGAUUCCACCACACACGGAACUGGUCCAAGAUGCAGCCAUCACUCUGCUCAAGAAGAGGAUCAGGUUAUUCCUUCUUUGGUAUGGGGAGCGUUCGGGCAGCGAGAACGAAACGGAGGACGCUGUGGGCGGUAUUUUGGGCGAGGUGGCCAUCCGAUCUGGUGGCGAGAUCAUCCACAUCGUGAGCACCGAGCACGGACAGCAUAUAGCUGGCAAUACGCUCACCCUGGUUGCAGACGCGUAUCAGGGUACCCAAGAGUUGGACCUGCCGGUGGACACGACGUUGUCUAGUCUCCAUGUGCGAAUUGAUGCGAAUAUGAGACGGGCGACAAUGGAGACGCCGAAUGGUGAGAUUAAUUUGAAGAAACUGGCAAAAUUCGGAGGAGCUAAUAUCACCGAGACAACGAAUCCCCAAGAGCUUGAUGCUUACGUACCGCUAAACAAGUUACGACGCGCGGCAGUUUUCAAAUUAAAACUACAGCCCGAGCUGAAUGAGAAGUACAAUGUUUUCGUACGCGCCGAAAGAAAAGCGGAUGUCUUCUUGGGCGACAUCAUCAAGCGCAUCGAUAGCUACUACAAAAGCGGGCAAACAAAGGCUAAGUCGGCCAAAAUCCAGUUUCCCGACAAGGAAAAGGAUACCGAGAAGUUGGAGGAGGAUGUGGAAUCACCAAAGAACGAAAUUGAAACCUUUUCAGAAAAAGAAAUUCAGAGUUCUCCAAGUCUGAAUCAAACUUUGUUGGCUUCCACAACGGGACAGCCCAGGAGCACCCUAAAUGCCAUGCUCCUUCAGCGAUGUGGCACAAAAAUCGAGCUGGGUACAGAAUCUAAACUUUUAGUGAUGGCUGGUCAGACAGCCUCUCUUCUCUUUGAGGUCACCAACAUGAAAACAGAGACAGUUUACUCCACAAUACAGGUCACUGACGAGCGGCGUUUUCUGGUCCAACUGAACCCCACCAGGUUGAGCCUGCGUGCCCUGGAGACGGCCACAGUGCGACUGACAGUAUUAGUGCCCACUGGGACUGCUCAAGGCACUACAGACAGGAUCACCUUUACAAAUUAUGGUCGUGAAACAUCUACUCUAGCAGUUAAUCUCAAAGUAGUGACCAGCAUAGAUGCACAAGACUCAACCGGACCUACAUUGUCUUGGGAGUUUGGCAACCGGUGUGAUUACCUUACACCCGAAUCCCAAAAUUGUGGAGAGCGUUUUUGGACCGUGGAUGUUACCGCUCAGGAUUGGCAGUCGGGCAUGUUGCGAUUGCAGGCUACGCCGCCGGAAGGUCUUUUCUACAGAAACUAUUAUACCGCAGGGAGCACAGAACCCCUAAAGGCCACAUACAUGGCCUCUUGCUGCGAACCAAAGGUAUCAUUAAUCGCAAUUGAUGCGGCGGGUAAUCAAAGGAACCUCACCAUCGAUGUGAGGGAUGUGUAUUUAAGCGAGGCAGCCAUUGCAGCCAUCUGCUUGGGAGCCAUUUUAUUGCUCCUGCUGAUCGCGGCUCUCAUCUGGAGCAUUGUGUGGUGUUGCCGGCGAAGAAAGACAACGCUGGAGCUGCCCACAUAUAGAUCACACUCUACGAGGAGCAUGGAGUAGAUUGUUGUUAUGUUUUUGUGCCAAAAGAGAGUCGAAAGAGUUUAAUAAAAAUGCCAUUCCAGAUAAGAAGUAAUAAAAUGACACCUGUUUGAGCUAUUCAA